CUCCGAAACCGGCCGCCGUUCGCCCGACCUUCCGCGCCGGCCGCGCACCCCCCGCCCGGCAGGGACCUCGGCGCGCCUCGGUCCCCGCGCCCCCGCGCGCUCGCUCGGGGGGCGGGGGACUCCGGGGUCCCCUGCCCCACGCCGCUGCCCGCUUCUUUCUCGGGCAGCCCCCCGCCCCAGCCUCGCCCCGACCCCGCCGUCCCCCCCCCCCCAUAUCGGCAAGCUCCGGCGGCGUGGGGGGGGGGCCCUCCCGGAUCGGCAGGAUGUACCCCCAGGGAAGGCACCCGACCCCGCUUCAGUCCGGCCAGCCCUUCAAGUUCUCGAUCUUGGAGAUCUGCGACCGCAUCAAAGAGGAAUUCCAGUUUCUUCAGGCUCAGUACCACAGCCUCAAGCUGGAGUGUGAGAAGUUGGCCAGUGAGAAGACAGAGAUGCAGCGACAUUAUGUCAUGUACUAUGAAAUGUCCUACGGGCUCAACAUUGAAAUGCAUAAGCAGGCUGAGAUUGUGAAGCGCCUCAGUGGUAUCUGUGCUCAGAUUAUCCCCUUCCUGACGCAGGAGCAUCAACAGCAAGUCCUGCAGGCCGUGGAGCGGGCCAAGCAGGUGACCGUUGGGGAGCUGAACAGCCUCAUCGGGCCCCCUCCUCUCCAGCAGCAGCAGCUCCAGCCGCUGUCCCACCACGCCCCCCCUGUGCCCCUCACCCCUCGCCCGGCUGGGCUGGUGGGCGGCAGUGCCACGGGGCUGCUGGCCCUGUCGGGAGCCCUGGCCACCCAGGCUCAGCUGGCCGCGGUCGCCAAGGAGGACCGGGCAGGCGUGGAGGCCGAGGGGUCCAGAGUGGAGAGAGCCCCGAGCAGGAGUGCAUCCCCCUCACCCCCGGAGAGUGUGGUGGAAGAGGAGCGACCUGGCGGCCCGGGGGGCCAUGGGAAGCAGAGAGCCGAGGAGAAGGAUCUGUCGGGACCUUAUGAGAGUGACGAGGACAAGAGUGAUUACAACCUGGUGGUGGACGAGGACCAACCCUCAGAGCCCCCCAGCCCAGCGACCACCCCGUGUGGAAAGGCACCCAUCUGCAUCCCUGCCCGUCGGGACCUUGUGGACAGUCCGGCCUCCUUGGCCUCCAGCCUUGGCUCACCGCUCCCCAGAGCCAAGGAGCUUGUCCUGAACGAUCUUCCUGCCAGCACCCCUGCCUCGAAGUCCUGCGACUCCUCCCCGCCCCAGGAUGCGUCCACCCCCGGGCCCAGCUCGGCCAGUCACCUCCGCCAGCUCGCGGCCAAGCCAGCACCUUCCACGGACAGUAUUGCCCUGAGGAGUCCUCUGACCCUGUCCAGUCCCUUCACCACAUCCUUCAGCCUGGGCUCCCACAGUGCACUUAAUGGGGACCUCUCUGUGCCCAGCUCCUAUGUCAGCCUCCACCUGUCCCCCCAGGUCAGCGGCUCUGUGGUGUAUGGACGCUCCCCCAUGAUGGCAUUUGAGUCGCAUCCACACCUGCGAGGGUCGUCCAUCUCUUCCUCCCUGCCCACCAUCCCUGGGGGAAAGCCGGCCUACUCCUUCCACGUGUCUGCGGACGGGCAGAUGCAGCCGGUGCCCUUCCCGUCGGAUGCGCUGGUGGGCGCGGGCAUCCCGCGGCACGCGCGGCAGCUGCACACGCUGGCGCACGGCGAGGUCGUCUGCGCGGUCACCAUCAGCGGCACCACGCAGCACGUGUACACGGGCGGCAAGGGCUGCGUGAAGGUGUGGGACGUGGGCCAGCCGGGCGCCAAGACGCCAGUGGCCCAGCUGGACUGCUUGAACCGGGACAACUACAUUCGGUCCUGCAAGCUGCUGCCGGACGGCCGGAGCCUGAUCGUGGGCGGUGAGGCGAGCACCUUGUCCAUCUGGGACCUGGCGGCGCCCACCCCUCGCAUCAAGGCGGAGCUGACCUCCUCGGCGCCAGCCUGCUACGCCCUGGCCGUCAGCCCCGACGCCAAGGUCUGCUUUUCCUGCUGCAGCGACGGCAACAUCGUGGUCUGGGACCUGCAGAACCAGACCAUGGUCAGGCAGUUCCAGGGCCACACGGAUGGGGCCAGCUGCAUCGACAUUUCUGAUUACGGCACUCGGCUCUGGACAGGGGGCCUGGACAACACCGUGCGCUGCUGGGACCUGCGGGAGGGCCGCCAGCUGCAGCAGCAUGACUUCAGCUCCCAGAUUUUUUCCCUGGGCCGCUGCCCCAACCAGGACUGGCUGGCGGUCGGCAUGGAAAGCAGCAACGUGGAGAUCCUGCACGUCCGAAAGCCCGAGAAGUACCAGCUGCAUCUUCACGAGAGCUGCGUGCUCUCGCUCAAGUUUGCCUCCUGCGGGCGGUGGUUCGUGAGCACCGGGAAGGACAACCUGCUUAACGCCUGGAGGACGCCUUAUGGAGCCAGCAUCUUCCAGUCCAAGGAGUCAUCCUCUGUGCUGAGCUGUGACAUCUCCGGGAAUAACAAGUACAUCGUGACAGGCUCCGGGGACAAGAAGGCCACCGUGUAUGAGGUGGUCUACUGAGACCCCCCUUCUCCCUGUACCCCUGGCUUGAUUCCUCCGGGAGGGGCGUCCAGGACCCCCUCUCCAGUCCUACCCUGAGCACUUAAAUCUCAUCUGCUCUCUGGCUGACCCCUCACAUCCUCCCCUGCUGGAUGUGGGGCCAGAUGUGCAGGGAGAUUUGGGGGAAAUAAAUGUAUUUAUCACAA